AUGUCGAAAGCUGACCUCAGUGGCAACAUCGUCUUCGGCUUCAUCAUGGGCGCGGUCAACGUGAUCCUCGUGGAGCUGAUCACGCACGACGGCAGCGACACCAAGGCGUUCCACCUCGUGCCGCUGAUCUGCGUGUGUGUAGCAUGGGGUGAGUACACAAUUAGGGCCCAUACCCUCUUCCAGCUCGGAUCGGAUCAACGUCAGAGCCAAGCUGACACUACAGUCGUCAAGUUCCUGCUCUUCCUGUACUGCUGCGCGAUCCGCUCCUCGUCCUCCCAAGUCCAAGUCCUGUGGGAAGACCACCGCAACGACCUGUUCACGAACGGCUUCUCCAUCCUCUCCAACGCGGGCGGCGCCAAGCUGAAGUGGUGGAUUGACCCCGUCGGCGCCAUGGUGCUCGCCAUCAUCGUCAUAGGGCUCUGGGCACGUACAGUAUACGAGCAGUUCACCUUCCUGGCGGGCAUCGCCGCGCCGCGCGAGUUCGUGUCCAUGGUGACCUACAAGGCCAUGACGUUUAGCGAGGAGAUCAAGCAGGUCGACACGGUGCGCGUGUACCACUCUGGGCCCGACUAUGUCGUCGAGGUUGACAUUGUCCUUGACCCGGAGAUGCCGUUAUGGAAGGCGCACGAUAUCUCGCAAGACCUCCAGGACCAGAUUGAGGCGCUACCCAAUGUCGACCGAUGCUUCGUGCACGUCGACCAUGAGGUAGACCACAAGCCGGAGCAUCGCAAGAAGCAAUAG